AUAAAAAUGACUUUGCUGAUUUGCCUGAAGAUUUGUGUACUAUUGUUGAAAGUCUAAAUACUUAUGAAUUAAUUGUGAGAAAUGAAUAUGAAGAUAUUUUGCAAUCCAACAUUCAAGAGAUCUCUACAAAUCAAGUCCACAAGCAACAAGAAUCUAUUGAACAGUGUUUAACGGAUUUUGAUAUUGCUGAGGAUAAUCAAGAUCUAAUUUUGUUCCAAACCUGA